AUGGCAUUCUACACCGAUAACGAUCCUGUCAUAUGCCGUGCUUUUUCGUUAUCUCUGAAAGAUGAGGCACUGGAGUGGUAUCACACUCUCCCUCCAAAUUUAGUUGAUUGUUUUGCCACCGUCGAAGCUCUAUUUCGUAAACAAUACGCCACAAACCGGUGGCCAGAACUAACCCCUGCUGAGCUUGUCAACACCAAGCAGGGGAAAGAUGAAACCCUGAAGGCCUUCAUGCACAGGUACAACGAGACGGCCCGACGAGUGAAGAACGUAAACCACAAGUUCAUAAUCAGUAAUCUACCUUCCUGCUUACGUCCAGGGUAUUUCGCUGAACAACUAUACGCAGAUCCUCCUAAUUCUAUGGAGGAGCUCCAAGCAACAAUCGCGAAAUUUAUUCGCAUUGAAGAUCUCAGAAGCUCUCGGAAAAAACAACAGGAAAGUCCGACCAAUAAUAAUAGGAAGGACGUAAAACGGUCGUCUAACGACCAUAAAACUGAUCGAUCCCUUCGGAAAGAGUCGGGAUGGACACCCAAGUACGAGCGUUAUACCACCCUCAACGCACCCAGGGCGAAGGUGCUUGAAGAAGCCUUGCAGGCCGAACUCCUGACCGUGUGGCAAAAGGCUACUCCAAAGAACGCGAACGGUAGCAAAGUCUGCCGGUUUCAUAUGAACCAUGGGCAUGAUACGAAAGAAUGCAACAUGGUAAAAGAUGAGUUGGAAAGACUCAUCCGCGUGGGCUACCUCCAAAAUUACGUAAAAGAGCGGGCGUCCCACAACACAACAAACCCCAACAGGAAAGAAUCUUCCCCGGACGGUCUAGAACGAUCGCCUCCCAGGGACGGCCGACGAAGAUACCGGUCCCACAGCCGACCUCGACACUCAGAAAGGGAGAGAUCAAUACGGGGGCGAAUCGAUACCAUAUCCGGCGGCUUUGCAGGGGGAGGAUUGUCGACAUCCGCCCGAAAACGACAUUUGAGACACUUGAAGUCGGUGCACAUGGUAGAUCGACGUACUCGAUCCAUACCCGACAUCACAUUUACUGCCGAGGACUUCCACGCUCCCGAUCCUGAUCAUGACGAUCCCAUGGUCUUCACGACCGAGAUAGCCCGGUAUGACGUCAGCAAUGUCCUCAUUGAUCAAGGCAGUUCAGUCAACAUCUUGUACUGGACGACCUUCAGGAAGAUGGAUUUGUCCGAAGACCUAAUAGCCCCUUUUAAUGAGCAGAUCUUCGGCUUUGCAGGGGAAAGAGUCGACACUCGGGGCUACUUAGAUCUACGGACUCGACUUGGCACAAGCAGAGAGGCGCCCGAACUUAGAGUCAG